UCUAAUACAUCAAACCGAUAGGAUAUAAUCGUAUCAAUGGAACGGUGCCGCGUGACACCGUGUAGACCCACCACGCUGUAAAUAACAGCAGGUGGUGGGACAUCUGGUCAUGGUCGAUUUGACGUGAAUAGAUUUAUAUACCAGCACACUAUCGUCUCGUCCCGUACUUGCAGACCACCCACUUGUGGUCCGAACGUUGAUCUUGCUCAUGACCCUACUAUAGUCAGCAGUAGCGUACAUGUGAUGUAUCGCCAAGUCACAUCAGGGUCAUUUAUCAGGUUAUCGCAGCGUCCCGCAACACCGAUAUGCAUAUGUCUGAAACUCUUUCAUUCACUCCACUCUUCAUCAAUGGGCAGAAAGUCUCUUCCAGCGAUGACAACACGUUCGACGUGGUGAACCCAUACUCUCGCGCCGUAGUAGGAAGAGCUGCAUCCGCGACCAGCGCCGACUGUCUUGCGGCUAUCGAUGCAGCUCAUGCUGCCUUCAAGAUGUGGGAACAUUCUCCACUCCAGCAACGUAAAGACGUCCUCAUCAAGGCUGCCGAUAUCCUUUCCACUGACCGCUACAAGCAACUUAUCUUGCAGUCCAUGAAGGAAGAAACUGCCACGCCAAUCGACUUUUGUAUGUAUAACUGGAGCUCCUCACAGGCCUCUCUCCGUGAUACAUCAAAACAUGGGGAUCUUCUGGGUGAUGAAAAAACAGCCUCGGACAGGAUUCCCGGGGCGGAGGUCCUCGUUCAGAGAAGGGCGAUGGGCGUGAUCUUUGGCAUUGCUCCCUGGAAUGCGCCUAUCACGCUUACACUGCGCGCCAUUGCUGUCCCCAUCCUUUGUGGAAAUACUGUCGUGCUUAAAUCAUCGGAAUUGAGUCCACGGAGUCAGUUCAUCGUCGCGGAACUAUUGCAAGAGGCCGGACUGCCUGCAGGAGUUCUCAAUUUAAUCUCCGUAUCAAGGGAGGAUUCGCCUACUUUGACUGCUGAAAUCAUUGCACAUCCGUCUGUGCGGAAAAUCAAUUUCACAGGUAGUGAUCGUGUGGGAAGGAUAAUCGCGAGCGAAGCAGCAAAGUAUCUCAAACCUUGUGUUUUCGAGCUUGGCGGAAAGGCGCCUGCAAUUGUUCUCAACGAUGCUGAUAUAGACGCCGCGGUGAAAGGUAUCGUAUCCGGAGCGCUCCUUUACUCUGGCCAAGUGUGCAUGUCUACUAGUCGAGUUCUCGUACAGCGGGGCGUAUCGGACACUCUGACAGAAAAAAUCUGCGAGCUCUGCAAAUCUCUAAAAGCCGGAAAUCCAUAUACGGACCCUACGGCGAAGCUCACCGCUUUGUUUUCCCAGUCUUCUGCAGAGAAUGUACUGGGUAUGUUUCGCGAGGCGAUUGGAGAGGGAGCGAAGGUCCUCGUAGGGGACGUCACGAGGGAUGGUUCCGUGAUACAGCCACAUGUGUUCACAGGCGUUAAACCGGGUACUGGGCUAUGGGAGAGAGAAGUGUUUGGUCCUGAACUUUCAAUUACAACCUUCGACACGAUUGAUGAAGCCGUAGAACUCGCUAAUAUGUCCGACUAUACGCUUUCUUCAUCUCUGUGGACGUCGGAUUUAGGUGCUGCAGAGAAACUUGCACCUCGGAUUCGAGCAGGCUACGCCAAUGUUAACGGCUCCACAAUCCAUUCGGAGUCAUUCUUAGGACUUAUUGGACUUGGCGGUUCUUCGGGAUAUGGCCGGUUCAGUAUCGAAGACUUUACCGACAGACGUUUGGUAGUAUUUCACCCAUCACGACAAUAUCCUUUAACUUCAUGAGCACCCCGGCACAUGGCUCGGAACAUCAGAGCUGUGGACCCGUUGCGGGUGCAGCACUAGCCGUAUGUGACCAUCAAUGCUGUGCAUACUGCUGUAUGAAAUGUCAUAACUGUGAGGAAACGAAAAAGAUAAGCGCCCAGUGGAAAGUAUACAUAGGUUACCUUUUCGAUCCUUCCGUCCCAUCAUCGUCAUCUUGUAAUACUGCCCACUUAUCGUACCACCUUACCCUCCUUCGAAGAAGGUGCCUAUCU